GUUGUGGCUGGAGGUUUUCCUGACUGGCUAGAGGUAUUCUCCUCAGUCAGUGAAGAGGGACCCUCCUCUUUGUCUAGGUACCUGUUUUACAUGGAGUGUGUAAGAUGUAGCUGGAGGCUCGGUCUAGAGAGUUCAGAUGCCUGCCAUUUAUACUUGGGCCUCUGAGCAGGCCUUAACCUCAGAGUGAGAGGAUGAAUGGGGUAUUAGUGAACUUGAGAGCAGGAGGAGCUCAUCAGAUGCCCACAGGGGCUAGUCAGUGAUAUGCUUGAGUCAAGCAGAUGGGGUUUUUGGACAGUAGGGGUUUGGGGAGGCUGAGGUGGAGCUAGAGGCCAUGUAUGUAUAUGACCCUAUCUAAUAUGGCCCCGGGAUUUUCAGAAGCUGGAAAUCAGAAUUUCUGUAUGAAUCCUUUUCAUUUUAAGAUGUUGACAGUUAAUUUCUUUUUUUUUUAAAUUGUAAAACAAAUGUACCACAUGGAUGUAGAACUCAGUAGUGGGCCCUUUGUGGCCCAUGGGCCAGCAGGUAGCAAUCCCUGCUUUCAAACAGGAGGGACAGUGAUACAGCUAAUACAGAAGGAAAGGACUUGCCCUCCUGACCAGCUGUGGAGACACUAUAGUAGAAUUGCCUUCCUGCUCUGUCUGAGUGCCACUUGCUUUGUCACAUGCUACCUGCUAUUUUGUCCGUCAGCUUUGCACCAGCCCUUGCUGAAGAUGAUGGCAUACUUCUCGGUGCAUUUAUUCUAUGGCAGAAGACGCCAGUGAUGAGGGAUUGCCAGGAUACCUCAAGGGAGAACUGUUUUUCCUUGAUAAGGAAACCUGCGUGGGUACCAACAAUCAAAGCUACAUCUGUGACACAGGACACUGCUGUGGACAGUCUCAGUGCUGCAACUACUACUAUGAACUCUGGUGGUUCUGGCUCGUGUGGACCAUCAUUAUCAUCCUGAGCUGCUGCUGCGUCUGCCACCACCGCCGAGCCAAGCACCGCCUUCAGGCCCAGCAGCGGCAGCAUGAAAUCAACCUGAUUGCCUACCGGGAAGCCCACAAUUACUCAGCGCUGCCAUUUUAUUUCAGGUUUUUGCCAAACUAUUUACUACCUCCUUAUGAGGAAGUGGUGAACCGACCUCCAACUCCUCCCCCACCAUACAGUGCCUUCCAGCUCCAGCAGCAGCAGCAGCAGCAGCUACCUGCACCGUGUGGCUCUGCAGGCAGCAGCCCCCCAGGCACCGACCCCACCAGGGGCUCCCAGGGGGCACAGAGCAGCCCCUUGUCUGGGCCCAGCAGAAGUAGCACGCGACCCCCAAGCAUCACUGACCCUGAGCUCUCCGACGUGCCAGCAGACCCAGCAGCCACCAAAACCCCUGGCAUGGAGCCCAGCGGCUCUGUGGCUGGCCUGGGGGAGGUGGACCCCACGGCCUUCCUGGACAAGGAUUCCGAAUGUAAGGAGGAGCUUCUGAAAGAGUACAGCUCCGAGCAGGGCAGUGCCCUCCCUGACAACAAAGACAAGACACCUGGCAGACACCGCCGCUUCACGGGUGACUCAGGCAUCGAGGUGUGUGUGUGCAACCGGGGCCACCAUGACGACGACCUCAAAGAAUUCAACACGCUCAUUGACGAUGCUCUGGACGGGCCCCUGGACUUCUGCGACAGCUGCAACGUGCGGCCACCUGGCGACGAGGAGGAAGGUCUCUGCCAGCCCUCCGAGGAGCAGGCCCAGGAGCCCGGGCAUCCACACCUGCCAAGGCCGCCUGCCUGCCUGCUGCUGAACACCAUCAAUGAGCAGGACUCCCCAAACUCCCAGAGCAGCAGCUCCCCCAGCUAGAGCAGGUCCUGCUACACCUGAGAACUUGGCGAUGCAACCAGGGUUGGGGAGAACCAUGUGAGAAGCAUUAAGUAACUGUGUUCCUUCCCCCCCACCCCCUGCUCCUGCAUUUUCCUGCAUCUCCAGGUACAGUUUGGGGUGUGGGUGGCUUGCCCCCCGACAGAAGCACAGUGCUGUGGAGGGCUGAGAAGUUAUCCUGUGACUCAUUCCUCAUACCCCACCCCAUUCCCCUUUACCUCUUUUAAAGUCACAUCUCACUACCUGCUUAGGUCAGAGAGAUGUGUGUUCAGAAGCCCCCAAGGAGGGGAUGAGACCGUGCCCUGAGGUGACUCUUGGUGAUGGAAUGGAUGUGCUUUCCUGUGUUAGUUUAUGAGAACCUCGCUGCAUCUCUGUCCAGAAGAGGUGACUGGUCUCAGCCCUGGAUGAAGAAGGAAGCUCACAGAAGCCCAGGGAUUGUCGCCCCUUGCUACCAACAUCUGUGGUGCCAGAAUUGUGUUCUGCUGUGGUGGGAAGGAGAGUUGACUGGCAGUGUGGUGGGUUGGUAAGAGACUUGUGCUCUCAAAUUCCAGGUGACGAGCUCACGGUGCCAGGGUGUACUAGAGGGGCCUUUCCUUUCCCAGCAGGGUCUGGCUGGCCUCAGGCUGGUUCCAGGCUGGAAAACUAUAUACCUGCCUUUGGUUUUGUUUUGUUUUUUUAAAGAAAAAACAACAACAAAAGCAAGCUGAAAACAAGAACUUGACCAGUGGGCAGGCAAGAAUUCUGUUUUGGAAAAGGGAAGUUUGUGUCUUUUUCUCAACUUGGCCUUCAAAGAGCCUGGCUAUAGUUGAGCCAGGAGAUACAUAAUGUGCAGGCUUGGGUGGAGGCUGUCUCUGGAACUCCUGUGGGUGAGCAGGAGGCCCUGCAGUGUGGCAGCGGAUGGAGGUGCAACUUCCCAUUGUCUCUGCCCUUUGAUCUGCGCCAACGAGUGACCAGUGCCCUCCUCCCGUCCCAGACACACAUCUGCCGGCCUUCACGUCUCACUGUUCUCUACGAACAAAUGAGGCUAUGGGUCCUGAGAAAGGGCAGGCCCACAGUCUGGCUUUCACACAGUAUUUUCUCUUGAUUCUGAAUAAGUUGUUUUGUUUAUUUGUUUUUUCAAACUGACCACUUGGGAAAAAAAUGCCUUGGUUAUCUGUGGUUUUCAUGCCCUUUGCCUGCUCUGCACCGCCCCUUGAGUGGGGUAUCUAAUUUUUGUAGCCUAUGUAAAGAGUCUCAGUGGCCCAGAUAGGAGGGUGGAGGCAGCCCUCCUGAAGGACCACAGGAUCCUUAAUUCCUGUAGUUUUGCUUCAGAAACCAGGUGAGCUUUGAUAGGAAUAAUCUGAAUGGAGAAAGCAAACUGCCGAAACUAACAUUCCCUGCCCAGCCCUGUUCACAUGAAUAGCUUGGUUCUUCCCCCACUCUUGAAUGAUGAUAUUCAGAGUAGGCGUUGACGUUUUGGUUAAGAAAGGAAGGUAUAUAUCUGUAUAUAUAUAUAUGAAUACACACAUAUCCAUGUGUAUGUGUAUAUAUAUGUAUAUGUAUAUAAACACAUACACACAAAAUAGACAAAUCUGAGGCUGUGAGGUGAACAAGUGUCUGCAUUUGGAGUCCACAAAACCAAAAUCCAUGUUGAACAAGUGCAGUCUGUAUACGAUGACUUUUCCAGUAACCUGUGUGUGUCUGUCCAUUGUGUGUGAGUCCCCAGCCCUGUUUUCCUGUGAAUAUACUUUGAACGGCAGCCACUCUGCUCACAUUACCAUGCAUUCGGAGCAGGUGCAGCCCUCUCAAGGUAAUUUAUUUUACGCAUUUACUGUUUACUGAGCAAAUGUCUGACUGUGCACUCGGGUGUACUCAGCAGUGCUGUUGACGGCAGUCCCCACGUUUGCCAGAGAUACUGUGCUCCGAGUAGAGGUUUUACUCUACCCCUCACUGCAAUUUGCACAUUGCUCCAUGGACACGCGGAGGCCUGUGUCCUGUUCCCUGUAAGCGGAAAGUGCUCUGAACCUGUCCGCUUUCCCCGGCUGCUCCUAGCCCUCGGCAUCGGCCCCCAGGGGGGUCCAAACCCCUUCAGGACAGAGGGCCAAGGUGGAACCUCAGACUGAAGCUUGACUGGAUCUUCAGGGUCAAGCUCAGACUGCCUUUGGCCCAGGCAUCGGCCCUACCCGGAAUUGCCAGGAGGCUUUGACGGCCACCACAGUGCCAUAGGGCUUACCUCCUUCUGCUGAGGUCCAGCACAUGGCCGACGUGUGGCCAGAGCAGGCAGGAGUGUGCCUGCAGCCCCCCUCAGAUGCCUUUCCUGACGCCUUUUUUUUUUUUUCAUCCCAAACAACUCACUGAAGUGUCUCAAAGGCUGUCAAGUUUUACCAAAAUGAACCCUGUUUGAAUUAACUGGUCAAAGGGUGGAUUCUGGCCCUCUGAAGAUUCCUUCUCCAGUCAGAGUGGGGAACUGGUGUGCAGGUUUACUGCUGGGUUCACUGCAGUGUCUGACCCUAAAGGCACAAGAAGAAGAAAACGAAAAUGCGGCGGGUGGAGCUGGACUCAAGUCCUGUGUCACCGCCUGGCCCCUGCUGCCUGAGGCUGCCCUGCACAUGGACGCACGGGAGUAGGGAGCUGAAGGACCCUUGAGGGGCCCGGGAGAUGGAGGGAGCCUGGUGUUCCAGGCAAGUGAGAAGAAAGGGAUGGGUCAAGGGUUUGGUGCUACAGUCGGAAGAUUUGCAAUUGCUAACACAUUCCUGUGUGAGGCACAUCACCCUUUGUCAGUUAUUGUGAAUAUGUGUAUUUUAAGCAAUAAGAUUCAGCUGGUCAGACUUUUCUGGGCAGUCUCGGUGACGCAUUUCCUGUGCUGUGAUUGUUCUGAAGACAGAGUGGCUCUAACCACUGUGAGAAGCCCAAAUAAAAUCCAUCCCCAAAACCUGA